UACCCUAAAACGCAUAUGCGUUCCUCUGAAACCAUCGCCCGUUUUCACCGCUUUUCAUUUGAAUAUUAGCGCAAAAUUUCAACUCUGCAACGGAAAUAGGGCAAAAUCUCUUAUUGGGUUUCAAUCCUCGAUUUCUAGAGAGAGAAAGAGAUGAUCGAUCUCAUCUCAGUUACAGAUCUAUGAAUCAGUGAAGUGAAAUGAGGGCUCGUUUCAUCACGAAUUGCGGGUUACUUGCUGUUGAGAUUAGGGCGAAUUUCAGCUCUUAAACGCGUGUUGAUUUGAAUCUUGGGUUUCGGUUCCUUAAUUCUAGAGAGAGAGAGAGAGAGAGAGAUGAACCAUCAUGUAUCUACUUCAGAUCCAGGGUUCGACGAAGGGUAGGGAGGGUUUGAAUUGUCUCGAGUUGGAGUAUAUUUGCGGUUGAAAUUAAGGGAAUUUGAUCUCUUCAGCUGUGUAGUCGAUUUGAUUCUAGGGUUUUAGUGCAUUGAUUUUAGAGUUAGUAAGAGAUGAGCGAUCUGAUUUCAACUUCAGAUCCAGGUAUCAAUGAAGCAAAAGGAGGGUUUGAUGCUUCUAAAGUUGCAGAGGUGAAGGCUUGGCUCUCUUCCCAAUUUGAUGGAGUAGGGAAGGAGGUGCCGGAUUUUGAAUACACAGGGAGAAGUGUAGCACAUUUGCAUGCCCUAGCCACCACUUCACAGUCAAGAACUCAGGCUGCUACUAUUGUGGCCUCUGAUAUGAGACAAAAGGCCUCUGAAUAUCGAAUCCAAGCUUCUAGAAUCAGAGAAAUACUGGAAAGUGCUGGUUUGGCGCAUGAAAAUUUAUCACCAACUGCUGUCACUUCAGCUCAAGUUCUUGCAAAUGUUGCAAAUUUGUUGAACAUAAGGGAUACAGAAUUAAGUAGUUUUCUUGUGGCGAUGGGUGAUAUUUCUCUGAGGAAGGCUGAUGUGGAUGAGAAAAGAGCUAAAGUGCAGAAGGAAUCAAAAAUACUGUUGGAAUACACUCGAAAAGCCAUCACAAGGCUAACUUACCUUAAAAGAACCCUUGCACAAUUAGAAGAUGAAGUUGCUGGUUGUGAAGCUCAAAUGUCACCUUGGCAAACAAACUUGGCAAUCAUGGUAUCAAAGGAGCGACAGUAUUUGCAACAACAUGCUAACUAUAAGGCAGUGCUAAGUCGUGUUGGGUACAACCCAGAAAUCAGCCAUGGUACACUAAUGGAAAUGGUUGAGCGAAGAAAGGAGUUGGAGAAGAAAACAAAACCCAUUCUGGAUACCUUGAGGAGCUAUCAAGACUUGCCACCUGAUAAAGCUCUUGCUGCUUUGGCUAUUGAGGAUAAAAAAAGGCAACUUGCUGCAGCUGAGAAUUACCUUGAAGAAGUGCUGCAUACAGCCCUAGAGAUCACGGAGUGAUGUAAUGGCAUAUGUAUGGUAAAUAAGCAGGAAUUUUGGUAUUAGCUGUACGAUCGAAGGUGAUUCUUUGAGUGUAAUAAGAUGGAGCAGAGAGUUCCGUAGACACUUCGGUCUUUAUGGUUAGAGGUGAUGGAUGGGGUUGAUCAUCUAGUGGUGUCUUUUGCUCAUGUAUACAAGGAGGCUAACACGGUCUUUAUGGUUAGAGGUGAUGGAUGGGGUUGAUCAUCUAGUGGUGUCUUUUGCUCAUAUAUACAAGGAGGCUACCACUAUUGCCGAUGCCUUGGCUAAAGGGGUAUCUUUUAUUCCUUGCCUUUUAGUUUUUGAUGAUGUAAACUUUUUUUUUUUAAAUUCAAUAAUAUCAUUGCUCUUAGUCAAAAAAUAAUAAUAUGAAACUUAUUUAUACAGCUGUGAUGAAUUGAAAGCUACCUAAUGUUAUAGAACCAGUCUUCAUCCAUCUAUUUUUUGAUGGGAUAUAUAAUGCGUACAUCAAUUGGUAUGACCCAUUAUUAACAACAUAAACAACAUAACAACGGCAUCUGGGUAAACCAAAAGUCAGUAUUAAUUGGUUUUGCUCCC